AUGGCUCCCAAACAUGCGCUCCUCUCCUCCAGCAGCAGCAGCAGAAGAAGCAGAAGAAGCCCCGGAGUCGGAGGGGUAAAUAAUAAACAAGACCCCCUCUCUUUCUGUCCUACAACGGCAUGGAUCAUGGAUGCCGGGAUGGUGGCUGUCUGCUCGCCGAGGAACGGGAAGAGGACGCGGGCGCUGGAUGGGAUGCUGGCCCGGUGGUUUGUGAGCAUCGGCGCGGUGCUGAUGCUGAUGAUGCAGUGCUCCCUGGCCGCUGACGCUGAGGGAGGUCAUCAUGAGUCAAUGAGGCAGGCUGUCUUGCCUCUGGACCCCACAGUGCCCUCCAACCUCUCAGCCACCCCAGGGACUGGAGACAGAGCUGCGAUGGAUGGGACUGACGUCAGUCCUGGAGCCGAACCCCGAGCUUGGCCAGAGGGCAAAGUCUUUGCUGAGACUGAGGUUUGGACUGAAACAGAAGCAGGAGUGCGUGCCGGAGCAGGUGGCAAAGUCUUUGCCGAGACAGGGAUUAUGACCGGAACCGGCGCCUGGGCUGGAGUCGGGGCCGAAUGGAGGCCGGUGGACGCAGAGGGAGGAGACCAGCCAAAUAUGCCCAGGGACUCAGCUGCCUGGCUGGGGCGACAGAGGCUCCAGACGCACGGAGAGGGCCAGAGAGAGCAGGCAGCCUUCUCUUCAGUCCUCACCAUGCUGGCAGAGACCACUGAGCUGCAGGCACCAGCAGUGGGAAAACCUUUAGGACUGCUGUCUAAAGCUGCUUGGACCAUAAGCUCCUCAUCGUCAUCUAAGGCCUCCUCCUCAUCGUCCUCCGCCUCUUCAACAAAAGCAUCCUCUUUGCCUUCCUCUUCCUCCUCUUCCCCCUCUUCCCCAGCUGCUAACAGAGACAGUAAGGCAGCAAGCUCAGACACCGUGUCCCCUGUUGAUGUUAGCAGCAACUCCACCAACAGCAGCAGCAACUCCAGUUUGGACGAGUUCGUGAGCAGUCUGCCAGCCUGGGAUCUCCCUACUGUUCCUGAGUCACUUCUUUCCACAGUGGGCGACCACGAUGUCACACUCCCUGCCAACAUCACCAGCCCUUUCUCCACCCACCAGUGGAACACCACUGCGCCAUCGCGCACCAGAAACAUCUCACGGCAGACGACCACUUCAGCGACCACUAUAAACACGUCGCUGUCACCCACCACCACCACCUCAACGCAGACUUUGCCGUCAUCCACCACGGUAAGACCACCCACGCCACCAGGAUCCUCCAUGGCUUCAAGCACCACAAGCCAGGACACUGUGACCAAUGGCAGCCUUCAGCUGACGACCGUAACAACGACGAAGCCCUCAAGGACCACUCUAACUGUGACCGCCCCUGAGAUGACGACGCAGGAGAUGACCACAGGGGGCGCUGUGACAGUCCCACCAAACACCACCACCUCUACAACCACGCAGCAAACGACGAGCCUCAAACCGACCACAGCAGCUACGACCCGGCCGACCACCACUACCACAACACCUGCCACCACCACCACCACUGUCCCGUCAACCACAACCACCACUACUCUUCCAACCACCACUACCACUACUACACCCGCAACUACUACUGCUGCCACCACUACCACUACCACAACAACGACAACAAAGGUAGCUGCCACCACUAUGUUUGUUCCGAUCCGGACCACGCCACCUCCUACUACAACCACAGAACCUCCAACCAUCACCAGCACGGAGGAAGGUCCUCUACCAUGCAACAUUACCGAAAAGUACUGGGUCAGAACAGUUUUGUCCAUUGAGAUGCGCAGGAACCGUUUGGACUUAAUCCUGAAACAGAAUCUAUCCAAAGGACUGAGCCACGCCCUGCAAAGAGCCUUGAAUGACACCACCGUCUUUGCACAGGUGGAACGUGAGGAGUGCGGCCCCAGCAACGUGACGCUGGGUUACUACGUAGCCAGCGCUAAAACCGUCUACAUCUCCUCCUUAGUGGUUGAGGCGCUGAAUGUUUACGGCUUUGACAAGCUGCUGUCGGACAUCAGGCAGCACACACCAUUGGUUAAGGCCGUUCUGGUUCCCGUGGCAACCUGGGUGCCUUCUCCAAGCAUCCACCUGCAGCUGAAAACAGUGUUAAGGUUUGUUGGCCCCACAGACAACAUCUACUCGUGCAGUUUCGUCCAGAUGUUGGAGCAGAGGCUGGAGAACGCCUUUGAAGAGGCUCAGGACAAAGUGCUGGAGACCUACAGCAGGCUCACCGUAGAGAUCCAGAGUGUGUCCCAGGAGGCAGGUACUCCGUCUGUCUCUCUGGUGUACGUGGUGAAGAACCAGGACGCAGUUCUCAACGGAACCAUCUCCAGCGGCCUCCUCAACCAGCUGACCGCUGAGCUGGUGGGCUACUUCCUGUUCUACCCGCCCCUGGUCAUCGCUGAGCCCCUUGAAUACCAUAAUCUCAACACAUCAAUGGCAACCAAGAACUAUUGGGUGAUAACAGUGAUCCAAGACGUGGACAGCUCUUCCCUGGAGGCUAACUACCAGAGCUUUGCCAACCUGAUGGAGCAGCGGCUGGCUGAGCUCUUCCUGGUGGCCGGCAGGCAGGGCUCUCGCACCGCACGCUCCCGACGGGCCACCACUGUAGGGGGCUACACUGUACAGAUGGUGAACAUACGUCGACUGCCUGGUCCCAAGAAACCAGCAGAGAUGACGUACUACGCCCAGCUGAACGGAGCACCCAUCACUGGAACCAACGCUGCCAAGACCCUCAGCAGUCUGGACUCCCAGACCAUGGCUCUGACCCUGGGCUACUUCGUACAAGUGCAGGCUGAGCCUGUGAUAAAGACACCGCCCAGCAACCUGUGGAUCAUGGCCGUUCUGACGCCUCUCUUCUUGCUGAUGGUGGUGAUCAUCAUGGUGGCCUUCAUCCUGUGCAAGAGGAACAGGGUCAUCUUCAAAACCGGCGCCUUCCGGACCUUCAAGACACGCUCCAAGACCUCAUAUCGAAGGGAGGGCAGUUACCACCACCAGCCUGUCCAGGGCUUUGACUACGCCAAGAAGCACAUGGGUCGAACGGAUGAGACCGUCUCUGUUACCAAGGAGACGCUGGUGUUGGGGCUGCCUGUGCGAGAUGCUCCGCUCUCAAUGUCGUUGGAUAAGAAGGUCCACCAGGAUGGGACCGCCAGCAAGAGGCCCCCGUCUGCUGACAUACACAAAGGAGGGCGGUUGCCAAGUGAGGAGGACAGCUCGGUGUCGAGUAGCAGCUCCGGGAAGCUGAACACAAGCAAGAGCUCCUCAGCCCGAAGGACGGCGACCGGUAGCAGCGGCAAGAACGGCAAAGAGGAUCUGCACAAGAGGAGCGCCAACGAUCCGUAUGAAGAACAUACUGGCUCUCUGCGUCUCAUCACCAUUAAACCCAUGACUGCCCAGCCAACCUACUCUUACCCAUCAUCCUCCUCCCACAGCCAAGACUCUGUGGUCGUCAAUGGGGAGGCAAACCAUGGAGGGCUGAAGCAGAAGUCAGACAUCGAGCACUACAGGAACAAACUGCGUCAGAAGGCUCGGAGGAAGGGCUACGGAGAGUUCUCGCUGUCCGAGACAGGAAGCCACGGUUACAGUCACCGUGAUGCCCGCCACAGUCGGCACGACAACGGGGUCAAGGAGCCGAUGACCGCCGAGGAGAAGAGGGCCUCUUUCGCAGGUUGUCAUAAGAGGUACUCCCACCCAAGGGAGCCCACCUAUUGGAGCAGGCAGUCUCUGAGCAGCCCCAGCCCAGUGGAGACAGAGAUGGACCUGCUGGUGCUCAGAGAGAGAUCGAGGAGGGGCAUCCGCAACAAUGGCUAUGAUGGUGAACCAGAACCGUUUGAAGAGACCAACGUGGACCGUCUGAUGAGCUCUCUGGGUUACGGAGGCGGAUCUACUGGCACAGCGAACGGCAGCCUGGGGGUGAAGGCUCACCGCGGCUCGGACUCCUCCACGCUCAGCUCUCAGCCGUCCAUUGACGAGGUCCGCACACAGAUGCAUAUGUUGUUAGGCAACGCCUUCAGCUUGGCACCCCCGGACCACGACCCACCCUCCCCACCAACCAACAGCCACCACCAUCACCACCACCAUGCCCACAGCGCCUACAACCCGUCCCACACCAGCCACUACAGCGACGGGGUGACCAGCGCCCCGGGGACCAUGAACCACCCCUGUGGAGGCAGGCAGAGGAGCGCAGCCUACGAGGACAUGCAUCAGUGUAGCCUGCCCAAACCGGGUUUCCGGUUCACCCAGCUUCCUGAUAUGGGAAUCGGUUCUCCGCCGCCACUGAUCCCCUCAAGACCGGGACCACCGCCUGGGACCUCGCUACGACGUUCCACUCCUGAUGUUAGUCUGAAGCCUCGUGUGUCAGAGGCCUCGGACCUGCAGGCCCAGCAGCACAACGGCGCCCCCUACCUGCCACUGUCCAGGACGCCCUUCCCUGCUGUCACUGUCGACCAAUCCAUCGCCACCUACUCAGGAAAUCCAAUAACAGCAGUGUACGCUAUAUCAGCCAACCGCCCGGGUUACUCAGACUACUUCGUCAUGUCACCACCAUCUUCGUACCGUAGCCCGUCCUGGAUGUCCUACCCACCCGAGCCAGAGGACCUGCCGCGGCAGUGGAACGACACACCGAACUCACGUCACCUUGAAACCAUCUGCUGA